GGGCUGUAAGCAAUUUUGCCUUCUCUUUGUCAAAAUCUGACUUCCGAUUCUCAUGUUUUGUUCGGGCUUCUGGAAUUUGCCAUCCCGGCUUUACAGCGAGUUAGUUGGCCGCUUUGCUUCGCCAAAAGUGUUUCGGACAACAGAUUUCUGAUCUGGGAGGGGGGGGAUCGAGUACAUCGUGUUGUCGUUCGUAGAAAACAACGUCCAUUUACCUAGCUAGCUAGCUGGCUAACAGCAGCCAGCUGAGUUGCAUCAACCAGCCGUCGAGCAUGUUUCGAUUCCUCAAUGACGUCGAUGACGACCCCUACAUGCUGGAUCCAUUUGCCGCUCACCGGCAGCAGAUGAGGAGCAUGUUUGGACCGUUUGGCAUGGACCCUUUUGCACUAGCACCACAGAUUCAACCACCUCGUGCCCCACGGCGACAGGCUGGUGCACUGACCCCGUUUGGCAUGAUGGGAAUGGGUGGAGGGUUCAUGGACAUGUUUGGCAUGAUGGGGGAAAUGAUGGAGAACAUGGAGAGGAUUUCUGGUUCGCCCAAUUGCCAGACCUUCUCCUCCUCCACAGUGAUCUCCUACUCUUCCAUGGAUGCUGGGGCUCCAACAGUGUACCAGCAAACCCAUCAAACAAGACAUGGCCCGGGAGGGAUCCGCGAGACGCGUCAGUCCAUGCGAGACAGCGAAAGCGGCCUGGAGCGGCUCGCCAUCGGCCACCACAUUGGCGAACGCGCGCACAUCAUGGAGCGCUCACGGAACCGCCGGACUGGCGACCGCGAGGAACGACAGGAUUUCAUAAACCUAGAUGAGACUGAAGCCGAGGCGUUCGACACCGAGUGGAGGACUCAGGCGGGGCGAUACGCCCCCCCCAGCACCCGGGCGCUGGACUACGGCCGAGACAGACGUGCAGGGGGCCAGCAGCUUGCUCUCACUGCGCCACCCAGCUCCACGACCCCCCCGGGCCACCGGCACGACUCCCCCCGACACCAACCGCCCCAGUCCCGCCCGCGUUAUGACUGGUGAGAAGUACGAGGAGUCACACCUGUAAACAUGAGCCGACCGGGGGGAGUGGAGGAAACUCUCCACGGAUGCUGUGAACCACGUUGAGGAUCGUUCCAACUUCCUCGUUGAUGUUUGAGUUGACCGGACUGUCUAUACAUAAACAUGAAACACCUCCCAAACAAUCCCCCCCCGCCCCGCCCCUUCCCCCAGACCGCACUCCACACACAGUUGAUAGUCUUAGAAUUAAUACUCUGCACACUCACACUUGUACAAAAUACCCUCGCUUACUCUUCCAAGAUUUGGUGUGUGUGUUUUUGCCCACUAAAAGUGCUCAAAGUAUACAGUGCAUCUGCUGUACAGUUCGUUUUAUGUUUGUGGAGACACAUGAAUGUGUCUGUGAAUUGAAUUGUAUACUGUUGACUAAACUAGCUAGAUAGAGUUAAUUAAACAUUGCUAGAUAACUGAA